UGAUUCUUUCUUUCUUCUUCUCUUCUCCUCUCUGGUUAUUCUAAAUCGAAACAAUGGAGUUCGGCUCCAAGUUUGUUUGUUUUUUUUGACACAUACGGCUCCGAGUUAUUACUGGUUUGGGUAAGAUUUUUGUGCGAGUAUGGACAGAGUUAUAUUUGAAAGAAAACAGGGAAGAAACAAGCAUUGGUUCCAUUGAAUUUAUUAUUUAUUGUUGAGUGGUGGUAGUGAAAGAAUUUUUUUUGAAGAUUUUGUGAUGAAUUAUGAGUUGUUUCUUGUUGGAUUCAAUUGUACAUCAAGUUAUGGGAAGAUUUAAUGAAGAUUUCAGCAAGGAAUUCAGUGAAAGAAAGUUUGUUGUUGUUGUUGGUAAUGGCAGUAAACGGUGAAGAUUGACAAUGGAUGUUUUCGAGUUCUAAGUAGUGAAUAUUGAUGAUGAUAUAGAGUUUGAAUGAAUUAGAAAUGGUGGGUCUAUAUCUGAUUUGAAUUUGUAGGGAAUUGGAAGUCUACGACUCUACAGAAGGUAUUUCCUUGGAGGAGAAAAACACCAUUUGAGUGUGCACAACAACCAUUUGACAAAAAGCCUAAACCACAUGCCAGGUCUUGUAGCAGUCAGCCACGUCCCUUCUCUUAGAUGCUGCUCUAUCCAUGGACACAGAGUAGGAAUUUUUUGGUUUUUUGUGUUGAAUGGUUGUUUUGAUGAUUGGUUGAUGCUAUUGUAGAAGAUAGUGAUGUUGAGUAGUAUUUGAAGCUAGUAUUAAAGUUGCAGAUGGAAUAGGUUGUAUGUCAUAAUUGCAGGAAUGUGGGAAUGAAUGGGUAUGGAUGUAUGAAAGAAAUGCAGGGUUUGAGGUUAUGAGCUCAGUAUUGAACCUGCAAUGGACUGAGAAAAUGAUGAGUCUGUGUGAGAAAUGGAUAGUGAAAAGAAAGCUCAAAUGUGCAUUUACAAUGCUUCAUGGGAAACCCAUUUUGGUUUUUGUUGCGAUAUUGAUAAAGCGGCUUCUCAUGAGCUCUCUGGCUUGCCGGAAGUGUUAUUCGUUAGGCCUGACCGGGAUUUUGAAUCUGCGGAGAAGGAUUACAGUUUAGAAAAUGUUCAAUUGGGUGGUGUGUGGAAUUUAAGUGCUGGAACAUCUCGGUUGUUUUCGGAGGGGAAUUCUAAGAAUUGGUUAGUUAGAAUGGAAAAAGCUACUGUUGAAGUUGUUACAAAAGCGCAAAUGGUGGAUUACUAUACUCAAAUACUAUCAAGGUUUUGGGAAAGUCAGUCCCAGCUGCUAUUGUGUCCUUUUAGAUGGAUUUUAUGGUUAGUGCCCAUGCUAUUGUGAACAACGGAGUCUGUGGAGUUAUGUUUGAUGUGUUAGAAGGAGAUUUUGAAGUUGUUGCUGCACUGAGUUACUUGAGGAGUAAAGUCAGGAAGCUACAGGAAAUUGGUUGUGCAUGCAUUGAAUGGCUUGCGAAGAAUAAGUCUGUAAUUGCAAAUGAAAAUUUAACUGAACUGUAAAUGGAUUGAGUAGUGUGCUGCAAUGUACGUAUUUUAGGUGUUGCAAUAGUAGUGUGCAGGAAGUAGUGGAUUGAGUAUUGGUGAUGAUACAAAAUUAAAUCAGCGAUUCAAAGGACUAAUAAGUCUUUUUACUUCCGCUUAACGGUGCUAACUUUCCAUCCAUCAAUUUUGGUCAAAGGCUUAGAUCUGUAAGAAAUAAAAAAAGAAGCUUAGUUUUGUAAACCAUAAAAAAAACAGGCCUAGAUUUGUAA